UAUUUUUUGGCCAUCAUCGCCAAAGUCAUAGUUUACAUACACAAUUCAGAACGAAAAAACACUGGCGGAUUUUCCAAACCAAACUCUACACAAAGCUUCCUUUUUUUGUUUUUUUCUUUUCCAUUUUCUCUUUCGAUUCCACUGAUAAUCCAAGGUUCCCUCCUUUGCUUUAAAUCAAUAUCAAAUCACUCUCUCUAGAGAGAGAGAGAGAUGGCAAGCAUUGCUGGAACAUGUCCUUUAGGAGCAUUGUUAAGAAACAAAGUCUCAGAAAGCAAUGGGGUAUCUCAUGUUCAGUAUGAAGGGCUUAGAUUACAGCACAGAAUGCAUGUGCCUUCAGCUGCAAGUAUGCCAACCCCUAAAUGCAGCAGAAUCAAGGCCAUGGCAUCCUCAACUGUUGCGGCACCAAAGAGAGAAACGGAUCCAAAAAAGCGAGUAGUAAUUACAGGAAUGGGACUGGUGUCAGUGUUUGGCAGUGACAUUGAUGCAUUUUACAACAAGCUUCUUGAGGGAGAAAGUGGGAUAAGCCUAAUAGAUAGGUUUGAUGCCUCAAACUUCUCUGUCCGUUUUGGUGGGCAGAUCCGUGAUUUCUCUUCAGAAGGUUAUAUUGAUGGCAAGAAUGAUCGCCGCCUUGAUGAUUGCUGGAGGUAUUGCAUUGUUGCAGGCAAAAGGGCCCUUGAUGAUGCCAACCUUGGACAUGAAAUCCUAAAAAUUAUGGACAAAACAAGAAUAGGAGUUCUGGUGGGAUCAGGAAUGGGGGGUUUAACAGCUUUCAGCACUGGAGUGGAAGCUCUUAUACAAAAGGGAUAUAAAAAAAUUACUCCUUUUUUCAUUCCCUACUCCAUCACCAACAUGGGUUCUGCUUUGUUGGCUAUAGACACUGGCCUAAUGGGUCCAAAUUAUUCCAUUUCCACCGCUUGUGCAACGGCAAAUUACUGCUUUUAUGCAGCUGCUAAUCAUAUUAGAAGAGGUGAAGCAGAUAUCAUGGUGGUUGGUGGGACUGAGGCUGCAAUCAUGCCUACUGGUGUUGGAGGCUUCAUUGCUUGCAGGGCCUUGUCUCAGAGGAACGAAGACCCCAAGAAGGCUUCAAGACCAUGGGACAAAGAUCGCGAUGGUUUUGUCAUGGGUGAAGGCUCUGGUGUGCUGGUAAUGGAGAGCUUGGAGAGUGCAACAAAAAGAGGAGCCAGAAUAAUAGCAGAAUAUUUGGGGGGUGCCAUAACAUGUGAUGCUCAUCAUAUGACUGAUCCUAGGUCUGAUGGACUCGGAGUUUCAUCUUGCAUAACCAAGAGUUUAGAAGAUGCUGGGGUUUCCCCUGAAGAGGUGAACUAUGUGAAUGCUCAUGCCACGUCAACACUAGCUGGUGACCUGGCUGAGGUUAAUGCAAUCAAAAAGGUUUUUAAGGACACAUCAGAAUUGAAAAUGAAUGCUACUAAAUCAAUGAUUGGUCAUGGUCUUGGGGCUGCUGGUGGUUUGGAAGCCAUAGCAACAAUCAAAGCAAUAACAAGUGGCUGGUUGCAUCCAACCAUUAACCAAGAUAACUUGGAGGCUAGUGUUACAAUUGACACCGUCCCUAACAUUAAGAAGAAGCAUGAAGUUAAUGUUGCUAUAUCCAACUCAUUUGGGUUCGGUGGACACAAUUCGGUGGUUGUCUUUGCCCCAUUCAGGCCUUAAGUUGAAUGCAAACUCAAGCUGAGUACUUACUUUUCUCUGUUUCUCUUCUUUUAAACAUUUUGAGAACCAAUGGUUUUGGGACACUAAUUCAGACGACUAUAUGAGUUAUGUACGGAAAAUAGUUGUUUCAUAUAUAUUGAAAUCAUAACAGGGAUACAUGACUAACAGCCCAGAUCGUGUAGUCUAUUGU